GAGCGGCUAGCUCUUAUCAUUCUAUGUGCGUCAACGUUAUCAGACGGAGGCUUUAAGAAAGAUCUUGACAUCCUGGGUUUGAUUCCUCCUUUAAAGCCUUGGUCGGCGAACAGUAAACAAUACUUUUAGUCUCGAAGCGCUACAUGCGAGUGAAAAGAAAUUGAAGAUGGGUGAAAUCUUAGCGGAUCCCUCGACGACUGCCCGAUGGUCAGCCGCAAAGCAGAGCGACAAGAUCGUCCCGCAUGGGAGUCUGAGGCAGAGUUGUUUGUGCACGGUAAAGGAUUCCAUAUUGGGAUGGAGCAGAGGCCGAAGAAACAGCGUGAGCUCCCAAUCAAGUCAGGAGAAUCCUUUCCUGGAGUACCCGAUUGACUUAAAACACGAAGUGCUCAACCACCUGUUGCGUUUGAAACCUACAGGCCGAGAGAUACUGAAAGCUGCCGAAUUACUUGUGACUUCUGGAAUAUCAGCCUUCGACUUGAGUUGUUUGGACGAUUGCAAAUUCCAAGACGUCCGAUCUGUGCUGGAAAUUCUCAUCAAAACUGGUGUGUGCUUGAAAGAACUUACGCUAGCUGGUCAGUGGUUAUAUCAUGACACCAGCAGCACCUUGGUGCUAGAAAUGCUAAAAUCUUGCCCCAAUCUUCGGUACUUAAAACUCCAGCAAACGUCAAGGGAUGGUCAUGAGCUAGAGGUAAUCCUCAAGCACUGUCCUAAAUUGCAAAAGUUGGAAGUUAUGCACCCAUCCGUGGAUGAAGUGGACAUUGAUGAACUUGUGGAAGCGAUUAAGAAUGAUCCAGAUGCCUUCAGCAGCGCUCUAGCAACAUUAACGGAAGUGAAAAUGCCCUCCUCGGUAAACGGAAGAGGUGUGUUGAAACUUUUGAAAGUACUGCCAAAUCUCCAAUAUAUAUCCUGUACUUACCUUGAUCAAAUAAUUGAUGAGCUAGAGGAGGCUGAUGAGUCUUCCUACUGGCGCGAACGGGCUUCCAAACUUCUAGGCUUACAUGUGUCUCUUCCUGUGUGUGAGGAUACUCCUGGUUUACUUGUGGAUUGGUUCCCUAAUCUGGAGGAAAUUUCCCUCGAAGUUCAAGAGGGAAUGGAACUUCAACCUAUUGUCAAACUUGAAAGGUUGAGAUCCUUAGAACUGAAAAAUAGUCCAACCAUCGCCCUAUCCUAUACUGAUGAGGUUCUUCCAUUGCUUGCUGCUUGUGGUAAGAAACUUUUGAGCUUGAGCUUAGAACGAUUCGACUUGAUUGACCUUUCUAAAACCGCUACUUACUGCCCUAACUUAAGGUCAUUCAGCGCCCAGUGGUUCACAAUCCUGAGUACGAGCAUCGCCAGAGGUACUAAGAAACAGUUUCUGAACCUGAGAUAUCUUCGUCUGAGACCGCGAGUUGGCAGAAAAGUGACACCUGAAGCUUGCGAGCUACUUUUAACUAAUAGCCAGUGCCUUAAACACUUGGAAUUCUAUUGCAGCUAUGGGUUAACAGACUCUUUAGUAAACAAACUGCUCAAAACUAACAAAUUCACUCAACUUAGGACUCUUCUAUUGCGACAUGGCCAUGGACUAUCCAAAAACGGAAUUUCACAGCUUACGAGAUCAGCCCAAAAUCUUCGCAUCUGGGAUGUGGGUAUGAUUUAUUCAAAACAAAGAGACGCAUGAACUUCUUCACACGACUUGUGUUGUAGAGGAUUCUGAUGCUAGUCAACACAUAUAACACUGCCAAAGACGAAAAUCAAAGGGAAGAUGCUUUGUGUUUGUGCCCGAAUGACAUCAAAUUCAACAAAUAUUUAAAGUGUUCCUAUAAAUUAUGGCAUUUUUGAAAACUCGAACUACAAUCUGGAUUAACUGACUAUAUUUCAUCUGUGCUAUUUUUCCCUAAAUACCCCCAUUCAUAACUUCACACAAUUUCAUCAUAUGGAUUACAUGAUUUUCGUGAAAAUUUUGUUAAUAAAAUUGUAUAGUGUUACAAUUUUGAACUCAUAACUUUGGAUAUUACGAUUUUUCCAUGCAUAUCAUAUUUGAAAUCGGUGAAAAGUAUCAAGAUGUUUUAAUAUUAAGUAAAUUUAACAUAUGAUCAGGUAAAGUUUUGGUAAUUCAUAAAAUUGUUGAACAAGUUCAAUUUUGAAUUAUCUGAUAAUUUUAUAAACGCACCAAAACUUAAAUUUUAUUCAAUAUAUUACUAUUUUUAAAUUUUGCUAUUUCUUUUCUAAUUGAACUAUUCCUUAUUAAUGAUUAAAACUAUUCAUAAAUAUAUAUAUAUUUUUAAUUUUGUGAAGGUGUUUUUUUUAAAUAAUUUUUUCCUAAUGGACCAAUAUUUGAACCAUGCUCAAACUUUAAAACUAUAUAUAUUUUGUAAGAAAUAUUUCUGUAUAGAAUAUUACUAUUCCAUGUUUACAUUUUUAUAAUAUUCCACUUCGUCAUUCCAUUAAAUCUAUUAAUAUUUCUUCAAAACUUUUUUUAUUUUAUAUUAGUAUAGAAAUUCAUUCUAAAGUAAAGAGAUAUUAUAUGCUUUUUAAAAAAAAACAAGAUGUUUUGCCAUAUAUUCUAAACUGUAUUUUUUAUUUAAUGAAAAUUGUCGUUUUUGAUGUACUGUACAAUGUAUUCACUGUGAUAGCGUUUUGAAACUAACGCCGACCAUGUUGCUUUACAAGUAAUGAAAUAAUUACUGAAAAGUGUUUUAUUGGUACAAAGUAAAACUUUUUCUAUUAAAUAAUUUAUAAAAUUUUA